UCGGACGUACCAGUAUGCAGUCACAUGUGUUUGCAAACGAAUCGCUUGUAAAAUUUCUGCAAUAAAUAAACUUGAAGAAACUUAAGUUCUUAAUUUUCACCUUUAAGUUUUCAAACAAUGUGUAUUCGCACAUUUACUACAGACGGGGUGGAGAUUGAGGACAAUAGCUUAGCUAAGGUAGUGGAAAAUCCGGCAGCAUUAGAUCUGGACAGUUCAGUCGAACUCCAAAAAUCAGACGAAGUGGUCACCCAACAAGACUCAAUGAAUUCUGUGGAAGAAAUGAAGAAAAUCUCUGAAAAAGUUAUUGAAAAGCCAGAGAGCCCCAAGCAGUGCCCGUUUGCAGCUCAGAAAAAAGUCUUUAAAGGCAAAGACAAAUUUAUCAAGAAGUAUGAUGAAAUUAUGAAGCAAAAUCAAAAUAAUUCAGAGCCUACUUCGGAAGAUAAUUCUACUCGCUCGAACGAUUUUUUGGGAAAAAUUGUCGGAAGUUUCAAAAAUCUCACUGAUGUUAUCAGCUCCUACUGUAAUAUCAACCAAGAAUCGACGACCUAUAAAAUACUGUUCAAAACCACGCAGCCGGCUCACAUAAUAAUGAUCGCCGUCGUUCUGUACUUGUUAUCAAUCUUUAAUCCGAGUUCUGCAAACAAAGACCAAAAUUUUAGCAAUCCUCAUUCUGGUGUACUGUCAUUCAUUUAUCUUUCUUCUUUUAUAAUUCACAUCGGAUCGCAAAUUUGGAUGACUUUUGUGUCAGGUCUUUCACUGUACUUCGCAUUACCAAGGCAUACAUUUAAUGACGUCCAACGUGUUCUCUUUCCUCGUUACUUUACGAUAAACGCUUGUUUAAGCUUUAUAACACUCGUUAUCUUCGUUAAACAUCAUCCGGUAGAAACAUGGGAUACUGAAACUACUAUUCAAGUAGCAGGAAUGUCUCUAGCAUUGAUACUUGAAUUAUUAAUCCGUCUGUACUUGACACCUCCGCUCUUGCGUCUAAUUGUCGAGAAAAAAGGAAUCGAACAGGCUGCUGGAGUCGGAAAGGAGACUGGUUGUCAGAAUAUCAGUGCCUUGAAAGACUGUCCCCACUACAUGGAGAUUUAUCGCUCCUUCCGCAAGACCCACGGGUGCAUCGCGAUGGGUAACAUCAUCACCAUGGGAUGCACAAUUAUGCAUCUUUUCUACAUAUCCAAUAAACUUUGUGUUCUAAUAUAAAAAUAGUAUUAAGUUAACAAUAAUGAUAAUAAUGAUUAUUUUAUAGAUAUUUAAUUGAUUAGAUGUAUUUUUUAUAAAUAAUUUUAAGUGACUUUAAUUUAUUGAUUUGACUGACUAGCUUAUUCAGGACAAAUUCGUCGCUAAUGUCUAAAAUCAAUUAACAUCAAUGUCAUUUUUAUAAACUGUAAGAUUACAUGGCAAUUACUUUAUAUUAAUUCAUUAUAUUUAUUGAUUGGUAUGAUGUAUGACAUAAAUAAUUGACUUUUCUUUUUUAAAUAAAAUCAUUUUAUUUAUCGAAUGA